UCUGUUGGUGUGUUAGGAGAGAAAAGAUCGAGAGCUACUUUCGUGACUUUCUGCAGAUAUUGACGACAAAUACUGAAUUCACUUGCAGCAUCUAGUGUCCACAAUGGCACUGUUCAGCAGUGUAUUUAGACCACUUUUUGAGUGUUUUGCUCACUUCUUUCGCAAAAGGGAGACACCUUUGAGGGCACAACAGUGUGCAGCACAAGAACGGGCGGCAAUAGAGAAACUCCCAGAAGCAUCAAUGAUGAAGGCAGAUGAAAGUGAGGCCUUCGACUUCACUGCCCAAAACAAGAAGUGCAAAAAGAGACGCCGCCAGUCUGGAGAGAAAGAGAAGAAAAGACAGGUGAAGAGAAAGGUGAAGAAGGAGAGAGAAAUGAAUGAGGGAGGAAGUCAUAAAGACAAGGCUGAAAAAGAAAGUGAGACAUUUAUCCUUGAAAAGAUAAAGGAUAGAGGACAUGUGCCACAGAAAAAAAGAGAGUCUGUCAAAUUCAGAAAGAUGCAGAGUCUAGAAAAUGUGAUGGAGGGAGGAAGUAAGCAUAGAGAGGCUGGAGAAAAGAAAAAGAAGAGGAGAAACCAGAAGGAAAGAAGGACCACUGAGCCUACUCCACUUCUUGUGGAGGUCAAACCUCAGCAAAGUCUAGUCAGUCCUCCAGUGAGAUCUUCCUUCUUGAAGCCAAUAGAAGGAGAAUUUCCAUUGCUUCCAAGUGUCUCUGAAGACCUUCCUUUACCAGCUGCUCGCUUCAAACCCUUGCCGCCAGUGACCAGACUGCCCAUGCAUCCUCAAAAGCCAGAGACUGCACCAGAGGAAGUGUCCUUGCCAUGUUCUCUUCUUCAAGUGGAUCCUCCAAAAUCGUUGGCAGCACCAGAGGAAGUGUCCUUGCCAUGUUCUCCUCUUCAAGUGGAUUCUCCCAAACCGUUGGCAGCACCAGAGGAAGUGUCCUUGCCAGGUUCUCUUCUACAAGUGGAUUCUCCCAAACCGUUGGCAGUUCCUCCAUGUUCCACUCCAGCACCUGAUGAACUGUUUUGCCUCCGACGCAUCCAAGUCAGUCCUCCCAAACAACUGGUGGUUUCUCCGAGCUCCUCUCCUGUAUCUGAUGAAGUUGUUGAUCUGCAACGUUCUUCAGCUCCAGUGUGUUCUCCCAGCUUGAUGAAGGCUCAGCCGUCCACUUCUUCCCUGUUUGAGCCGCCUCCACAACUCAUGCUCAUCGACAUAGAGGAUGAGGAGACAGAGUACGUGGAGUACACGGGGAAGACCAUUCGGGCCUGUGACUUACCCAAGUAUGAACUCCCCCGACCUCAGGAGGCUGAAAUGAAACCAAGACGGAUGGUUGCUUGGUUGGAGAGUGACUGCGACAUGCUGGAGGAAGUGUGGGCGAGUGAAGUGGUGGAGGGAUCUGAAGAUGUGAAAGAUAACACUGAUGAAAUGGGAGACUCCAAUGCCAUAGAAGGGACUUUGGAUGACUCCUCUCAGAAAAAGGAGGAGUUGGAUAAACACAUGAUGAAGCUGUUUGGUGUAGCCUCUCCUGAAGGUCCCAAGAAUGAGACCCAGCACAAUGUGAAUGUCCAGCAAGAGCCAAAGAGGAAAAGAAAAUUGCCACUUGUUUUCUUCAGCUGGGCAGAAGAGAAGGCCAAGAAAAAGAAGGAGAAGAAAAUACAGAAGGAGAAGGAGCGAAGAGAAAAGGAGUUGCUGCUUGAACGCUACAGGAAUGAUCCAAAACUGAAGCACUUGUUGAUCAACAAGCACAACUGCAACUACUGCUCCUCUGAGUGAAGAUCAUUGUCCCUUCCCAAAACAUCCUCUUCACCUUUAACCUACAGCACAAUUCUGUGUACAAAUAAAAAAACUGUGCAAACUAAAA